CGGAUGUUCUUACUCUUCAAAUUGUACAGCUGUCCUGUCAGUCCCAUAAGGCUGCAGCGAGGUAUAGAAACGUAGUUUUGUGUAAAGAUGGGUGACACCGGCUUGUCAGACGAGGCCGUGGCGGCGGCUUGUAAAAACGGAGACCCUUUAACUAAGGAUUUUAUGAUGCAGCAAACCAUGCUGAGGGUGAAAGAUCCAGUGAAAUCCCUGGAUUUCUACACCAGGAUCCUUGGCAUGACGCUACUGCAAAAGUUUGACUUUCCCUCCAUGCGUUUCACGCUCUUCUUCUUGGGCUAUGAGGACAAGAAGGAGAUUCCUGCAGAUGUGAAGGAAAGGACAGCCUGGACCUUUUCAAGGAGAGCCACCGUCGAGCUUACACAUAACUGGGGUUCAGAGUCUGAUGACAGCCAAUCUUAUCACAAUGGGAACUCCGAUCCACGUGGAUUUGGACACCUUGGUAUCGCAGUUCCUGAUGUUUAUGCAGCUUGUAAGAUGUUUGAGGAGCAAGGAGUAACAUUCGUCAAGAAGCCAGAUGAUGGUAAAAUGAAAGGCUUGGCCUUCAUCCAGGACCCUGAUGGAUAUUGGAUUGAAAUUCUGAGUCCUAACAACAUGGUGUCCAUCACCUCCUAAAAACUAACAGCAUCCCUACCUGCUGCGCUGCAUAAGACCCGGCCUGCUGUGGCUUCACUAGGAGAACACAGCAGCAUUGUUUAACACAUGGAAGAGCUGUGAGCCAGUGGAUUGGGAACAUCUGCAUAUUGGCAGUAAGGGUACCCCAGCUCGGCCCGGACUAAUAAUGGACAGCUGACAUGCAAACAGAUUAGUUAUUGUGAUAUAUAGUUCUCUACUUUAUAUAGCUGUUGCUUUGGUCUGUUAUCAUUAUGGUUACAUUGAAAUAAAUGUGAAAGCCACAGCAUAAA